GUUGCCAUGACAAUGUUCUUAAUACGGAGUCUCACUCGGAUGGUUUAUGGAGCUAAAACGCGAAAGUCAAGCUAGCUAACAGGAGGCCAAGGUUUGCUGACGUGAUAGUGCAAGCUAAAAAUAAACUUGAAGCUGAAAGUCUCCCAAUCGAUUGCUAGUGUGCUAACUGCAGUGUGUCGGUUAGACAAACCAAAAUGAGUAUGGAUAAAGCAAAGCUAUGCGAUUCGUUACUAAAUUGGCUACAGACAUUUCAGGUGCCCUCAUGCACCAGCAAGCAGGACCUGAUGAGCGGAGUGGCUAUUGCACACGUUCUACACAGGAUAGACCCCUCCUGGUUUAAUGAGGCAUGGCUGGGCAGGAUCAAGGAGGAGAGUGAGGCCAACUGGCGCCUCAAGGUCAGCAACCUGAAGAAGAUUCUUCAGAGCAUGCUUGAGUAUUACCAUGAUGUGCUUGGCCACCAGGUAGCAGACGUGCACCUGCCAGACAUCAAUCUGAUUGGGGAGUUUGGAGAUGUGACUGAACUUGGCAAGCUGGUGCAGUUGGUGCUUGGCUGUGCUGUCAGCUGUGACAAGAAGCAAGAGCAAAUCCAGCAGAUAAUGACCCUGGAGGAGUCUGUCCAGCACGUUGUCAUGACGGCCAUACAGGAGCUCCUAGCUAAAGAGCCAACUGUUCCAGGAAGUCCUGAGACCUACGGGGACUUUGACUACCAGUCCAGGAAGUAUUAUUUUCUCAGUGAGGAGGUGGAGGCGAAGGAGGAUCUGGGCCAGCGCUGUCGGGACCUGGAGCACCAGUUGGCAGCCGUCCUGGAGGAGAAGUCGUCCCUGCAGGUGGAGACACAGUCCCUGAGGGCGAAGCUCAGCCUCAGUGACCCACGGGAUGCUUCCACCACCAUCACUGGCAAGAAGCUGCUGCUGCUGCAGAGCCAGAUGGAGCAGCUACAGGAGGAGAACUACAGACUAGAGAACAGCCGAGAUGACAUGCGUGUGCGAGGGGAGAUUCUGGAGCGUGACGUUUUGGACCUCACUCACCGUAACGAUGAACUGACCAGCCUUGCCCAGGAGGCCCAGACUCUCAAAGAUGAGAUGGACAUCCUCCGGCAUUCGUCUGACCGGGUGAGCCGGCUGGAGGCGCUGGUAGAGACGUACAAGCGUAAGCUGGAGGACCUGGGGGACCUGCGCAGACAGGUGCGUCUGCUGGAGGAGCGCAACACUGUCUACAUGCAGCGCACAUGUGAGCUGGAGGAGGAGCUACGCAGGGCCAACUCAGUCCGCACCCAGCUGGACACCUACAAGAGACAGGUCCAUGAGCUUCACACCAAGCAUUUGUCAGAGGCACUGAAGGCUGAGAAGUGGCAGUUUGAGUACAAGAACCUUCAGGAUAAGUAUGACGCCCUGCUUAAGGAGAAAGAGCGUUUGAUCUCAGAGCGAGACACACUGCGGGAAACCAAUGAUGAGCUCAGGUGUGCACAGGUCCAACAGAAGGGCCUCAAUCAACCAGGUGGAUUAUGUGAGGACUCUGGCACAGUGGGAAACCUGGCCUCCGAGAUGAUGCCCACAGAGUUCAAGGAGACGGUGGUGCGUCUGCAGAGUGAGAACAAGAUGCUGUGUGUCCAGGAGGAGAGCUACAGACAGAGACUGGUGGAGGUACAGGGUCAGCUUGAGGAGUCUCAACGCAGCCAGAACACCCUGGAGACACAAAACAGGUUGAACCAGCAGCAGAUCUGUGAGCUGCGGUCCCAGGUGGAGGAUCUCCAGAAGGCUCUACAGGAGCAGGGCAGCAAGGCUGAGGAUGCCAUCUCCUCCAUGCUGAAGAAGAAGCUUGAGGAGCACCUGGAGAAGCUCCAUGAGGCCCACUCAGACCUGCAGAAGAAGAGAGAGGUCAUUGAUGACCUAGAGCCAAAAGCAGACGGCAACAUGGCGAAGAAGAUUGAUGAGCUGCAGGAGAUCCUGAAGAAGAAGGAUGAGGACAUGAAGCUGAUGGAGGAACGCUACAAGCGCUAUGUGGAGAAAGCCAGGACGGUGAUCAAGACUCUGGACCCCAAGCAGCCGCCUCUGACUGUGUCUCCUGAUGUUCAGGCCCUCAAGAACCAGUUGACUGAGAGAGACCGGAAGAUCCAGCACCUGGAGCAUGACUAUGAGAAGAGCAGGUCCAGACAUGACCAGGAGGAGAAACUCAUCAUCAGUGCCUGGUACAACAUGGUGAGGUAUGGCCCUGCAUCAGAAGGUGGUGGGAGAGCGGUCGGGUCCGUCCAACCAAGCCCAGUCCUUCUUGGCCCAGCAGAGGCAGUCCACCCACGCCAGGAGAGGCCUCGCAGCCCGCCACCAGCCCAGAUAAGACAUAUCAACUCUGGGGGAGGAUGUGGAAAUGAGGCAAAACAUUGUCUAUAUCUUAGUGUUCACUUCUUCCGUACUCCUACUCUCACUGCUCUGAUGCCUUCUCCACUUGAUGUUUUGUGAAGAUUGCUGCUGCUGCCCCCUGCUGGACAUCUCUAUUACAUAAUUUUCUGGAGUGUCUGUGAUGCAGAGCUACUUAAUGCACCUUCAAGUGCUUUCAAAGCUGCCAGGACUUUUGAACAAAGAUGAGUCUUGGGUCUAAAUGAGAGCUGGAAUGAAGGAACAUGAAGUGGAUAGAAAGAAGCUGAGCGACUAAUCCUUAGUCAUGGAAUUCUUAGACAAUGUUUAUCAUUCAGUCCCUCCAUUUCUUUCAAGCCCUCUUUUUUUAGCUAUAAUGUAUUUGAUGUUUUCUUAAGGUUUAGAUUAGGACAUUAUGAGAAUAAAUGCUUUGGAAGGCCACAAUGAUGACAGCGAUGGAAAGGGAUGAUUUCUGCUGUCAAUAGGGUAGGGGUCUUUACCUUCCCCCUACUACUACUUUUAUAUAUUUUCACCCUUAUUAUCCAGCCCACUAUCAGGCUAAAUAGAUAUUAUCCUCUUACUAUGACAUGGAAACACUGAGAGACCUAUGGGUUGAGAACAUGGUGAAUUUGUGCGAUUUUGUAUUAACACUUUUUUUAUAUGUACAUGGUGAGAGAGACUGGUGAAGCUCUAGAACAGGGGUGUCAUCCGGAUCCAGAUUUUUUUUUUGGGGGGGUGUACUCAAUAUACUUUUUCAAUGAUUAAAACCAAGUUUGAAACUGUAGAAAUGAUAAUGGACCUACAUUCAUACAGUUUAUUGACUGUGUCCAGCUCACCAAUAAUCAUCAAAAUGACAGUCACUUUUUGCCAAUUUUGAUGGCGAGUAAAUGUUGUUGAAGACUGAAUGUGGACCCCGGGGCAAAAUGAGUUUGGCACCUCUGAUCUAGAAGAGCUCAAUAAUACGUCUUUGAUAUGAGAGGAACACAUUUUCUCUACACACACAGUCAUGACCUCUUUAUUUCUGUGUGUUUAGACUCUUCUUUCAAGCUGUAUCAUCUACUUGAUUUUUUCUUCAUUUGUUAUGAGUUGUUUUGUUAGAGUUUGAAGAGCAGGAAGAAUGGCUUUCUAGACAUUUUAGUUUUUUUUCCAAAAUGAACCUCGGCAUUUUGUAGUUGUGUUAGUCUGUAUAAUAAUGUACAGAAAAGCACUCCCUCCUUUUUGAUUAUGAUUAAUUUCCUUGUGAAAGACUAGACAAAUGUCCCUGACUCUGUUAACCUAUCUACUUUUAAAAACUUUUGUAUCAAAUUCAUGUAUGGUGUGGUGUUCACAUGUAAUGGCAGAAGUUCCGAAAGACUAGCAGAUAUGGGUCCUCUUAUGUCAGGACCAUUUUACUAGAAGUAUUUGCACAGACUAUUGAACAAGCUUUUGUUUCAAGCUGUAAUAUGGGAAUUUAUUCUUUGAAUGAUUGACUAGAUUUCCUGAUGGACUACAUUUAGUUCUUUUUAACUUUAAUUUAUCCCCUCUAAAGAGUUAAACAGGGUGUUUUUAAGAAUUAUAAUUGGUUGCACACACCACUUUAGACUGAUGUGAAUGUAGGAAACGCUGGUGCUUGUGAACCAGAAUGUGGGGUUAUUGAUUCACAUAGUUAAUUGAUAUGUGGGGGAAACUGGCCACACUGGAUGUUGUUACUGUGUAAUCCUGAAGGGAAGUAAGGUUUCAAGAUGGCAAUGGUAUGUAGCUUUUCUCUCGUUCUCAGCAGAAGCACUCAACUAUAGAUGCUUUUGUUCGCUGACACGAACUUACCUAGCUAAUGAACAGACAAUGUGUACUCUCUUUAAUGUCAGAAUUAUUUACAACUGAAUUUAUGUACAUUUUUACCUAUCAUUUUCUCAAGAUGAACCUGUGAAGGACAGCACUAUUGUUGAACACUACAUCUAUCUGAUUACUUUGACAGUAUCCACUUAAACAUGGAACUUCUCUUUGGUACCCAAACUGCUCUCUAUGACUUGUACCUAACCCUCUUAAGUGUGUAACUAUCUGUGCAAUGUUAUUUACCAGGCUAUGAAACCACAACUGUGUGUACAUUUUAACUUCACUUAGUGUUUUACUCUUUAAGUAGAUGUGUUUAUUUGGUAUUAAAUCGGGAAGUUAGACCUUUUUAAUUUCAAAGUAGUAAAUCAACAUUCCAACUGAACUGCUAUGUUCUAGUACUGAGAGAUGAGGCCUGCGCAAUUCAACCUAUCGUGACUGACAGAUUUGAAUAGGGAUUUCCAAUGUACUAUCCAAUUGCAGUAUAACUUGACACUGUCCCUUAGCAAUAUAUUACAAUUGGCAUUUACCAUCACAAAUUGGACAUGCAGUUAAAGGGCUUAAACUCGACUGAACACAAAUAUAAACGCAACAUGUAAAGUGUUGGUUUCAUGAGCUGAAAUAAAAGAUCCCAUAAAUGUU